UUAUGGUCUCGCGAGUGACGCAAUCGAUUUUUGUCAUGGCUUCGUUGAAGAGUGUGAGGUAAGAUUACUGCAAUGGCAUCUCGAACCGCAAGCAACUGCUAAAAGCCGCUAAAAUUUUCAAAUCACAGCCUCUCCUCUUCGUCUAAUGAGACUCUUCUUCAAACGCCAUUGCAGUAGUUUUACGUUUCACAAUCUCAAAAAUUUUACUUACGCAUCGACAAAAGGGUCUCAAGUUCUCCAACAUUGCAGGUCAGGCCUGCUCCAUGAUGCCCUACACAUCCUAAACUCCGUUGAUUUGUUCGAUACCGCCACCAACAAACCAAUUCUCUAUGCUUCCCUCUUACAAACCUGCAUCAAGGUUGCUUCCUUCAGCCAUGGCCGUCAAAUUCAUGCCCAUGUGGUUAAAUCUGGCCUCGAGACCGACAGGUUUGUCGGAAAUAGCUUACUUUCCCUUUACUUUAAAUUGGGUUCAGAUUAUCUGCUGACUCGAAGAGUGUUCGAUGGCCUUUUUGUCAAGGAUGUGGUGUCGUGGACGUCAAUGAUUACGGGCUAUGUUCGAGAAGGUAAACCUGGAAAUGCGAUUGAGUUGUUUUGGGAUAUGUUGGAUUUGGGGAUCGAGCCGAAUGGUUUUACUAUAUCGGCUGUGAUCAAGGCAUGCUCUGAGAUUGGGAAUUUGGUGCUUGGUCGGUGCUUUCACGGGCUAGUUCUUAGGCAUGGUUUUGAUUCAAAUCAUGUCAUUGUGAGUUCUUUGAUUGAUAUGUACGGGAGGAACUGUGCGUCAAACGAUGCACGCCAACUGUUCGAUGAAUUGCUUGAACCAGAUGCAAUAUGUUGGACCUCGGUCAUUUCAGCGUUUACAAGGAAUGAUUUGUAUGAGGAAGCAUUGGGUUUCUUUUAUUCGAUGCAAAGGACUUAUAGAUUGUCUCCUGAUGGGUUUACAUUUGGAACUGUAUUGACUGCCUGUGGUAAUUUAGGGAGGUUGAGGCAGGGUGAAGAGGUCCAUGCUAAGGUGAUUGCACAUGGGCUUGGUGGGAAUGUGGUUGUUGAGAGCAGUCUAGUAGAUAUGUAUGGAAAAUGUGGAGCCGUUGAUAAGUCCCAACUCGUAUUCGAUAGGAUGUCGAGAAGGAAUUCGGUUUCAUGGUCUGCAUUGCUUGGAGUGUAUUGCCAAAAUGGUGACUUUGAAAUGGUUAUAAAUCUUUUCAGGGAAAUGGAGGAGGUUGACCUCUAUAGUUUUGGAACGGUUAUUCGCGCGUGUGCCGGGUUAGCAGCUGUGACUCAAGGGAAGGAGGUUCACUGUCAGUAUGUGAGAAAGGGUGGAUGGCGAGAUGUCAUUGUAGAAUCAGCUCUAGUCGACUUAUACGCGAAAUGUGGUUGUAUUGAUUUUGCAUAUAGAAUCUUUGAGCAGAUGCCAUCAAAGAAUUUGAUAACAUGGAAUUCGAUGAUUCGUGGGUUUGCUCAAAAUGGACAAGGUGGGAUCGCUCUUCAAAUAUUUGAAGAGAUGAUUAAGGAAGGGAUCAAGCCCGAUUAUAUCAGUUUUAUUGGUGUCCUUUUUGCCUGUAGUCACACAGGAUUGGUUGAUCAAGGGCGACAUUAUUUUGCUCUAAUGACAGAGCAAUAUGGAAUUAAACCAGGAAUUGAGCAUUAUAAUUGUAUGGUUGAUCUUCUAGGCCGUACUGGGCUGCUAGAAGAAGCUGAAAAUUUGAUAGAAAAUGCAGAUUGUAGAAAUGAUUCGUCUCUUUGGCAGGUUCUUUUAGGAGCUUGCACUACCUGUACAAACUCUGCUACUGCAGAACGCAUAGCCAAGAAGAUGAUGGAGCUAGAGCCUCGACACCAUUUAAGUUAUGUUCUCUUGGCUAAUGUGUAUAGAGCAGUAGGCCGAUGGGAUGACGCGUUAAAGAUUAGAAAGUUGAUGAAAAACAGACAGGUGAAGAAGAUGCCUGGCCAGAGCUGGAUUUAGAGUGCCAAAACGUCAUAUCAAACCCUAAUUCAAGGCUGCCGAUGGCAUGGCAUCGAGUGUCAGGUCAGCUGUUAACUUUUUUGCUCUUUCAAGAUGAAGAACAACAGCACUAAAGAGCCUAAGAACGUGUCGAGAAUCUGCCACUCUGGUCGAAAAGGUUAUUAAGACGCAAUUGAUGGAUUAUAGAGAGCAAAUUUGUGAAUUUUCCGUGGAGAUAAUCAGUUACACUUUCAGUCAAUUAGACUAGAGAGGGAGAUAUAAGUACUUGCCGGAAUGGACAUCAAGAAAUUGAAUUUUUUUUAUUUUGAUUUUUUUUUUCUUUCCUCUGGAAAAGCUAACCUGUUUAUUUGUUACAUGUGUUUCUUAUACAUUUUUACAACGGUCUAUUUAUAUAAUAAUAAAAUG